AGAGUCCGUGUGGAGCGAGCAGGAGUGUGUGGACCUGACCCCGGCGCAGCAAGGAAGCAGUGAGAUAGGAUUCCGGUGUGGAGCCUGUCCAGUCGGCUUUAUGACCGAUCCCCUGGACGCGACAAGGUGCAUUGAUGUCGAUGAGUGCGUUAACUCGACCCUCACCACGUGCGGUAGGAACGCCACAUGCGAGAACACGCCGGGCUCCUACAUCUGUGUCUGCGCCAGCGGCUUUCGGCUUAAAUCGGACUUCAAUUGCGAAGACAUCAACGAAUGUGCUGAACACACCGACAAUUGCCAGCAAGUUUGUGUCAACUCCGAAGGAAACUUCGACUGUCAGUGCUACUCAGGGUACACGCUCUCAGACAAAGGUACAUGUGAACCUGACAGUCAAACAAAUGGCACAUGCGCUGUACUGGGUUGUGAUCAUGGCUGCAAUGUAACCCCUGACCUCAGUGGCACCCUAGUGGCCUCCUGCUUCUGCAACUCAGGCUUUAGGUUGUCUGGAAACAGGACCUGCGUGGACAGGGACGAGUGUAGCGAGGGUGUGUGCAGCCAGGCUUGCAUCAACACCGUGGGCAGCUUCUUCUGCAAGUGUUAUACCGGUUACCUUCUUGGCAGUGACGAGCGAACAUGCUCACCCUGUCCCAGCAUGCAGUACGGCACCGACUGCAGCCUGACCUGUCAGUGCAGUGGCAGGGCGGUGACCUGUGACCCGGUCACCGGAUGCGUGUGCCGGGAAGGCUGGCGGGGCAUCAGAUGUGACGAGGACAUAAACGAGUGCAGAGAGAAUCCUGACAGGUGUGGUGCAGGGUACGUCUGCUCCAACACAAACGGCUCCUUCAUCUGUGAUUGCCCUUCUGGAUAUUCCAAAAGUGCGGCUGGUAAAUGCGAGGACGUGGAUGAGUGCGCGCCACGCUCAGUCCUGAAUACCUGCGGGAGCUUGAGGACUGCAUCAAUGUGCCAGGUACCUUCUACUGCAGGUGUCGCACCGGCUACAGACGGCAGAACGGCCACUGUACAGAUAUCAACGAAUGCGCUAACGGUGCCUCCGAUUGUGAACAGCUAUGUGUGAACGUGGAGGGCUCGUACAAUUGUGAAUGUCGCUAUGGUUACACAGCAAAUCCUGACAGAACCACGUGCUACAUGUCUGAGAACGUGUGUAGAGAUUUUGAGUUGCUGGACUGCCAACAGGGAUGCUCGCUUGAUGACAGUGACAGAGGCUUGUGUUUCUGUCUGGUCGGUUAUCAGCUGAACCACGACAACAUCACGUGCAGCG